AUGCGUUUCCUCGCUGUUACUCUUCUCGGCCUUGCCUCCGUCAGCGUUGCUGAAGUCAGCAGCUGGCAGGAUGUCCUGGGCGACGUGCCCUCGUGCGUGAAGACAUGUCUCGACGACUUCUACAAGAACGUCGGUUUCGAAGACGAGUGCGGAAGCCCUGACGAGGCCUCCGUGGACUGUCUCUGCGGUGUUAAGGAUACCUUUGAAAAGGCCCAGUCUGAAUCCAGCAAGCUGCAGUCCUGCUUUACAGACGGCUGCGACACGAAGGAACUGGCCAGCGCUGCUAGCAAGCUCAGUGACUACAACGACCGAUACCGUGACUUGCAGAGUCAGUGCAAAUCCAGUGACAGCAGCAGCAGCAGCAGCAGUGGUGGUGGCGACACCGGCGCGGCCAACUCCCUGGUCCCCAGCUUUGAGACGUUGCUAGCUUCUGGGGCUGUCCUCUUGGCCGCUUCGGUUCUAUAA